AUGCUCCUCACGCCGCUCCUCGCCUUCCUCCCGCUUCUCGAGGCCAAGCACGUCGAGAAAGUCUCGCCCGCCGCGCUCAAGGAGUACACUCUCGCGGCGGACGGCAUCACGGCGAGCUUCAUCCCCUUUGGCGCGCGCCUCAAGUCCCUGCGCGUGCCCGAUGCCGGGGGCGCGUGGCGCGAAGUCAACCUCGGCUACGCCGAUGCGCAGGGCUACGCAGACGAGGCGGCGCCUAGCUACUACGGCGCCGUUAUUGGCCGCUACGCCAACCGCAUCCGCAAUGGCACGUUCACAGUGGACGGCGUGACCUCGCGCAUCGCCACUAACGAGCACGACGGCAAGAACACGCUGCACGGCGGCCGUGUGGGAUACGACGCGCGCGAGUGGAGUGUCCUCUCGGCCAACAGCUCGAGCGUCACCUUCAGCCUUAUGGACUACGGCUUCGAGGGCUUCCCCGGCAACGUGCUCGCGCUCGCGCAGUACUCGCUCAGCGCGGGCAAGCUCACGACCGUGCUGACGGCGCACGCGCUCGACCGCCCCACUCCUAUCCUCCUCACCACGCACUCGUACUUCAACCUCGGCUCGGACGUGUCGUCCACUGUCCUGCAAGACACGCUGCACGUCAAGGCGUCCCGCGUAGUCGGCGUCGACGGCAUCCUCGUGCCUACAGGCCAGCUCGACUAUGUCGCUGGAACUAACGGCAACGAGCGCCACCCCCUGAACUUCACCGCGCCGUCCGCUGUCUCGCAGGCCCUCCCUGCUGGCCUCGACCACUGCUUUCUCUUCGACCGCCCCAGUCCCCUCGAGGUCACCGAGCAGCUCGAGUGGCGCAGCGCGGCGACAGGGAUCCGCAUGCGCGUGCGCACAAACCAGCCCGCGAUCCAGGUGUACAGCUGCAGCAUGAGCGACGGGAGUGCGAGCACGCAGCUCGGCAAGGUCGAGCGGUUCGGGUGCAUGGCUAUCGAGCCGCAGGGGUGGAUCGACGGCAUUAGCCACCCCGAGUGGCUCCAGAACCAGGUGUACAGUCCUGGCAGCGCGCCGUUCGUGAACGUCGCCGAGUACGUGUUUGAUACGGUUGAGAUGGGAGCGGGGCCGAGCGCAGUGCGCGAGGAGACUGCUCGCGAUGAGCUCUGAGUGAGCGUAGGAGUGUGCGUAGAUCAACACGUCAUAGUCAUUGCACAGGAGAAGAGUACAUGCAUACAGUGGCGCCGG